AUGCAGGCUACGACAGGUUUUUUUGGUUCUGAAUCCCCUCGUUCUAAAAUUCUUACGUAUGACAGUAUAAACCCUCACGUCAAGAAGGUAGAGUAUGCUGUUCGUGGAGAAUUGGCGAUUCGUGCAGAGGAAAUCAAAGAACGACUUGGGAAAAAAGAGGAUUUGGGUUUUGAUGCUGUUGUCGGUUGCAACAUUGGAAAUCCGCAGCAACUAUUGCAACGGCCAAUCACAUUUUUCCGUCAGGUCGCAUCUUUAACUGAAUAUCCAGACCUCUUGCUACCCGAAAAUAAAGAACACGUAAAAGCACUCUAUCCUCCUGACGCCAUCGAGCGCGCCAGAACAUUGCUAAAGCAGGUUGGAAGCGUUGGGGCCUAUUCACAUUCUCAGGGUAUUCCCCAUAUAAGACAGGAUGUUGCAAAAUUUAUAGAAGAAAGAGACGGGUAUCCUUCCAAUAAAGAUGAGAUUUUUUUAACUCAGGGAGCUUCCCCCGGUGUACAAAGUGUACUACAACUGAUAGUUACUCAUCCUAACGUUGGAAUCAUGAUACCCAUCCCACAAUAUCCUCUCUACAGUGCCACUCUUUCACUCUUUGAUUCACACGCUGUACCCUACUACUUAAAUGAAGAAGAUGAUUGGGGUUUAGAUAUUGACAUGUUGACCUCUUCACUUACCGAUGGGCGAGUGAAGGGUUUGGAAGUUCGCGCGCUUGUUAUAAUUAAUCCAGGGAAUCCAACUGGACAAUGCCUUACGGAACGAAAUAUGCGAGAAAUUAUCGAAUUUUGCUAUAAAGAACGUAUCGUUCUUCUGGCUGAUGAGGUUUAUCAAACUAACAUCUAUCAACCCGCUGAGCGACCAUUCCACUCUUUUAAGAAGGUUCUCAAGUCGAUGGGAAGCAAAUAUGACCAAUUUGAGCUUUUUUCAUUUCACUCAAUCUCAAAAGGAAUGAUUGGUGAAUGCGGAAGGCGCGGAGGUUACUAUGAAUGCACGGGUAUUGAUAAAGAGGUUGUUGAUCAACUUUACAAACUAGCCUCGGUGAGCCUCUGCCCAAAUGUUCAAGGACAGAUCAUGGUGGACUUGAUGGUGAAGCCACCAAAACGCGGUGAACCUAGCUACGAACUGUAUCAAAAGGAAAUUAGAGGAAUAUAUGAGAGCCUUAAACGGAGGAGCAAAAAGUUGAGCAACCUGUUUAAUAGUUUAGAAGGUGUGACAUGUAACAAUGCCCAGGGAUCCAUGUAUCUAUUUCCUCGAAUCCGUCUACCAAGGAAAGCGAUCGAAGCAGCUAGUGAGGCCGGGAAAAAACCGGACGUAUUUUACUGCUUGGCUAUGCUUAACGCCACAGGUGUAUGUGUGGUGCCUGGCAGCGGAUUCGGUCAGAAAGAUGGCACCUGGCAUUUUCGUAGUACAUUCUUACCACCCGAAGAAUUAUUCGACGGAUUUUGCGCAAGAUUGAAGAAAUUUCAUCAGGAAUUCCUUUCAAAAUAUUUUGAACUGUUGGACAGGCGUUCUGUAGCAGAUAUCUUUCGAAUACAAGUGAUCUCCAACACAGAUGUACGAUCUCCAAUAAUUACACUUGGAUCUACCUCGUUUUUUCACGUUCGUCACGAAAAUCUUUACAUUGUUGCAGUCACGAAAUGCAACGCUAACGCCGCACUAGUGUUCGAAUUUUGCUAUCGACUCAUAAACAUUGGCAAGGUGUAUUUCGGAAAGCUGGACGAAGAAGCAGUAAAAAACAAUUUUGUGCUGGUGUACGAACUGUUAGAUGGUGAACAUUCUUACAUUUUACAUCCUGAAUGUUGCCUUAAGAAAGUUUAUCUGAGAAAACAUGGAAAUUAUCACAAUAUUGUAACAUUGGACUACUUCGAUGAUAAUAUAACAACGAUCUUCUAUUCCAACAAUCUGAUGUUGACAUCACCAUUUUUAGAGGUACUCGACUUCGGUUAUCCACAAAAUAGUGAAACCGAAACUCUGAAACUAUACAUCACCACCGAGGGUGUAAAAUCAGAACGCGCAUUAAAGGAGGAUUCUUCGAAGAUCACAAUUCAGGCAACGGGAGCAACGGCGUGGCGUCGAUCGGAUGUCAAAUAUCGCAAGAAUGAAGCUUUCAUAGAUGUUAUCGAAUCAGUUAAUCUGCUAAUGAGCACAAAAGGUACCGUGUUAAGGGCGGAUGUUUCCGGACAAAUUAUGAUGAGAGCAUAUCUCUCGGGGACACCCGAAUGUAAGUUUGGGUUGAACGACAAAUUACUCUUGGAGAAAGACUCAGCACAUAGAGGAACUUCUAAAUCAAAUAGUUCCCAGAGGAGGACCAAUGCCGUGGAGAUUGAUGACUGUCAGUUUCAUCAGUGCGUCAAAUUGGGAAAAUUUGAUUCUGAUCGAACUAUUAGUUUUGUGCCUCCGGACGGUGAAUUUGAAUUGAUGAGAUAUCGUACGACCGAAAAUGUCAAUCUUCCUUUCCGCGUACAUCCUGUCGUCAAUGAAGUAGGAAAAUCGCGUGUAGAAUAUCGAAUCGCGGUGAAAGCAAACUUUUCUCAAAAGUUAUACGCAAACAAUGUUUUAAUAAGGAUUCCCACUCCCCUUAACACAGCAAAUAUUAAUUUACGCGUAGCCUCUGGAAAGGCAAAAUACGUGCCGGCUGAGAAUUCCAUCGUUUGGAAGAUACCCCGAUUUCAAGGACAAACCGAGGUGACGUUAUCAGGUGACGCCGAACUUUCGGCAAUGAUUAUUAAGAAAGCAUGGUCUAGACCACCAAUUUCAAUGGAUUUUCAAGUAUUAAUGUUUACCUCCUCGGGGUUGUUGGUGAGAUUUUUGAAAGUUUUCGAAAAAAGUGAUUACACCAGCGUCAAGUGGGUAAGGUAUAUGACCAAAGCUGGAAGUUAUCAAAUUAGGAAAAAAAUGUAUAAAGACGUCUCGCAAGACGAAGACGAAAAACAUGCGAAACCCGGAGGACUUAUGAGAUAUCUGUAUUGUGGGGGUAGAGCUUCUUGUGGAAAAACUUGCGGGAUCCUCUGUUGCUUCCUCUUCUUGAUCAUUGUUGGAAUUGUAGCUGCUGUCUUGCUAUGGGCUCGUCCUCCCGAAGUUACCUUCCUAGGAAUCGAACCUUCUAGUACGGCCCCUUAUGUUACGAGACCUUCAGGCUUCGAUUUCAACUUUAAUCUCAAGAUUCAAGUGAACAAUCCUAACAUUGUUGGCGCAACCUUUUCAAUGAUUAAAGCUGUGGCGUUUUAUCCAAAGCAUCAGAAUCCGAUAGGAGGCGGAAACCUAACGAAUGUCGAUAUUGCCAGCAAAGCAAACACAACUAUAUUUUUCCCGUUCUCGAUAAAUUAUAACGCAAACCUUGACCCAGAAUAUACAAUUUUAGUGGAUAUCGCGAAGAAAUGCGGUAUAAUCGGCAACAAUAAGACUAAGUUAGAAAUCGAUUAUACCUUGACUUUAUCGCUAAAGGUUAUAUUGAUAACCGUUAGUCCAAGCUUUAACAAGAUUGCAUUCUUUGAUUGUCCUAUUAAAGAUGGAAAAAUGCCUGAGAUACCAGGAUUCAAUAUUAGCCAGGCCUCAAAAGAUUUAGGUGGCAAAAAAGUCAAGAAAAGAUCGUUAUUAACUCCAAUGUAUCCCCUCCUAUAA